AUGGCUUCAUCAAGUGGUACUGUAAAACAGUUGGAGGACUUAUAUGCUCAAGUAACAAUUGAAGAUGAGGAGGAAGUUGAGUUGUCCUAUGAUGUUGUGGAACAGAAUGAGGAGGAUGUGGAUUACCGAUGGGCACUAGUUGGUACAUUCAUAACAAAACGAGCCAUUGAUUUUGAUGUCAUGCGUCAUGUGAUGGCGUCUUUGUGGCAACCGGGGAAAGGUAUGUAUGUUAAGGAAUUGGAGCCUAACCGUUUUUUGUUUCAAUUUUAUCAUGAUCUUGAUAUAAAUCGUGUUAUUGAGGGAAGUCCAUGGACUUUCAAUAAGUUGCAAUUUGUUUUUACUCGAUUGAAAAAUGGAGAUAUCCCACGGAAUGUAGCAAUCAAACACUUGGAUAUUUGGGUCCAGGUGCAUGAUCUUCAGUCGGGCUUUAAAUCUGCCCAGGUAUUACGUGAUCUUGCGAAUUAUAUAGGCACCUUUGUGGAAACAGACCCUAAGAACUUUCAGGGUAUAUGGAGGGAAUACCUGAGGGUAAGAGUUACCAUUGACAUCACUUUACCUCUGAAGCGACGAAUGAAACUACGUAAAACAGGGAGUGAAUGGUUCUGGGCAAAUUUUAAAUAUGAAUAUGUGCCAACUUUCUGCUUCAUCUGUGGAAUCAUUGGUCACACUGAACGAUUCUGCCCGAAACUCUUUUCGACACUACCGAUCGGAUCACCAAGCCGUAUGGUUCCUUCCUUCGUGCUCCCGAGAAGAAGGAAUUAUCAAAUUGGUUCCCGGUGGCUACGUGAUGGCAAAGGAAAAGAGACGCCAUUUUUUCCGAUGACACGAUGA